AUGGAUUUCGUAUCAGAGCCACCCAAGGAAGAUCAAACAGAAGAUGCGCUAGAAGGGGAAACUUUGAUAGAAGAUCGUCAAGCAGAGAAUGCUCAAGUACCAACUGAUAAACCUCAACCCUCCAAGAGAAGACGAUCAUCGGUGCAUAAAAAGAAAUUGAAGAAAAAGAAUGCCAAACCAAAUCUUGUUCUUGAGGUCACCGAUACAUUUCCAGUGAAAAACGUCAGGUCUUUGAUCCUACAAGUGUUCAAUUGUGGACUGCAGCAAAAGUGGUGUAGGAUUGAAAAUCCAGAUAAGGUGAAGAAUGUAUGUGUUUGUUUUGCACAUGGGUUGAAGGAGUUGUCAUUUAUACAAUCCAGUGUGGUUAAGGCGGUACUACCUGGCAGCAAAGAUUUUAUUUACGACCCUUUGAGUACGAUUUGCUCCUUACCUCUUACCAAAAAUGAAAAGAAGACCAUUAUGGAGAAACUGAAACAGGAAAAGAUCACCAUCAGGGACUUACUACUUAGUGAGCAGCAGUUGCGUGAAUUGGAGUAUCCUAAUGGAAUGCGAACCAAGCCACUGCCAACAGGGCAGUCACGCAUAUUUGCUUUAGAUUGCGAGUUCUGCAAAGCCAGUGAUAUCCAUGUGUUGACUCGUAUUUCUUUGAUUGAUUUUGAUGGAAAUGUGGUCUUUGAUGAGCUUGUGAAACCGGUGGAGGAGAUAACUGAUUAUGUUACUAGAUACUCUGGUAUAACUAAGGAGCUACUUGAAGACGUCAACACCUCCAUUGAGCAAAUCCAGCAUUUAUUCUUGGAAACCGUGUUCCAAGAAGAUAUUCUCGUUGGUCAUUCUUUGGAAUCUGAUUUACGUGUGAUGAAAAUUACUCAUGAAAAUAUUGUCGAUACCGCCAUUACCUAUGAGCAUGCCAGGGGUCCACCAUCGAAACCUUCGUUAAGAUGGCUAGCCAAAACGUUUCUCGGUAGGGAGAUACAGGCUGGUGAAGACAGUGGCAAUGGCCAUUCAUCGAUCGAGGACGCAAAAGCGUGCUUGGACUUGGUGAAGUUGAAAAUACAAGAGGGUAAAUGUUUCGGGACCAAUGUUGGUGAAGUAUCCAUUUUCGAAAAGUUGAAGGAUGUCAAGACAUUGCUAUCAACGUAUAGCUCUGUUACCAAUGAUGAUGCUGUGGUGGAAACAGUGCUAGAGGCGGAGCUGCACCCUCCCGGCCCCGGCCUCGCUAUUCUAGAGUUGAAAGAUCUACAGUACAAUCUCAAAUGGGAUACACCAUCCCCCACGUACGAUGGUGUACUAGACUACAACGUUGCUGAAGCAUGCAACAGAACCAACUCACGUCUUGAGUCAAUUUAUAAUUCACUACCAGAAAAUACACUAUUCAUUCUUAUUUCCCAACUGUCUGAUCCCACGAUGAUGCAAAAGUUGCGCAAGAUACGCGGCAAUUUUCAGCGAUUGGAAAGACAGGGAAGUGGUGUGCUGGCGGAAGAACUGUGGGAUAUCAACAAAUCAGAUCAACUAGUUGCUGAAACAGCCAAAGCAAGGGAGUCCCUAAUGUUUAUAAAAAUUAAAUAG